AUGGGUUCAGAAGUGCGUGACCUGAACUCCCUGCUGCCCCCGGUACCGGCGGGCCCAAGCCCUCUGCCCGUCACCACGGCCCCUCAGUGGGCUCCCGUCCUGGACUUCCACACUGCCGCCGCCUCUCCGUACCCCUCCCUGGCUGCUCCCCACACCUCCCUGGGGGCCCACUCCUUCAUCAAACAGGAGCCCAGCUGGGGGGCCACGGGGGACCCACACCACCUUGAUGCAGACCCCCACUGCGGCCUCAGCGCCUUCACCGUGCACUUCUCGGGUCAGUUCACGGGCACCGGGGCCUGCAGGUACGGGACUGCGUUCGGGGCGCCCCCACCUCCUCCUGCGCCCGUGGCUCCCAGCCAGCCCCCGCCGGUGGCCGGCCCCCACCACCACCAGCCCCCCGGCAGGAUGUUCAGCAGCCCGUCUUACCUGAGCAGCUGUAUGGACACGCAGCCGCCCCCCCGGAACCAGACAGGUUACAGCGCGGUUGCGUUCGAAGGAGCCGGUAAUUACGGCCACACUCCCACUCACCACAACUCCCAGUUCUCCGGCCACCCCUUCAAACACGAAGACGCCAUAGCCCAACAGAACUCCAUGGGUGAGCAGCAGUAUCCCGUCCCUCCUCCUGUUUACGGCUGCCACACGCCUUCAGACGGCUGUACGAGCAGCCAGGCUCUGCUGCUGAGGAACCCCUACAACAGCGGGGACAACUUGUAUCAGAUGGCGUCUCAGCUGGAGUGCAUGGCGUGGAAUCCCGUCAAUUCACUGGCCUCCACCAUCAAGAGCCACGCGGCGGGCUACGACAGCGACCCCAGCACCCCGAUGGUGUACAGCUGCAGCACACAGUACCGCAUUCACACGCACGGAGUCUUCAGGGGCAUCCAGGAUGUGCGGCGGGUUCCCAGCAUCACUCCAGCCAUCGUGCGGUCAGAGGGCAGCGAAAAGCGUCCGUUCAUGUGCGCCUACCCAGGAUGCAACAAGCGCUACUUCAAACUGUCUCACCUGCAGAUGCAUGGCCGCAAACACACAGGGGAAAAACCCUACCAGUGUGAGUUCACGGACUGCGGCCGCAGAUUUUCCCGCUCCGAUCAACUAAAACGACACCAGAGGAGGCACACAGGAGUUAGACCGUUCGAAUGCGAGACGUGUCAGAGAAAGUUCUCUCGGUCUGACCACCUUAAGACACACACACGGACUCAUACAGGUAAAACAAGUGAGAAGCCGUUUAACUGCCGGUGGCCCAACUGCCAGAAGAAGUUUGCCCGGAGCGACGAGUUGGUGCGACACCACAACAUGCACCAGAGGAACCUCACCAAGCUCCAGCUUUCCAUCUGAGUGCACGAGGGGCUCGUCCGUGAGAACGUCAUGAAUCCUGGUGUCUGACCUCAGAAGUCACAAA